AGGAUCUACCUAAUCCCGAUUCUUAUCAACAGCCAGGAUCAGCCCAGCAUUUUGAAUUCAACAAUCAAAUUAUUGGCUGAGCUAACUACACCCCUAGAAUGCCUGGGAAUGGUCGGCGUAGAGACUCGGUCCAAUCAGAGCAGCACGGUAACACAACCAGUUGACAUCUACAAACUGAGCUCUACAACGCCAAGGAAUCCUUUCUGGAUGGUGGGGCCAUGCCAGCCGUUCUCAGUCACGUUCGCCACACCUUAGAAAAGGAGCCGUUGUCGAGCGAUUAUAGCAUUUCGGUGAAUCAUUCCCUGUUACUCGUACGAAACAUCCUGAACGCUUCCGAACGAUCUACUCAGAUGGCGGACAUAGUCUUUGAUAUUGGCGAACGACAGGAUCAACAGCAGGACCAACUGGUGCGAAUAUUAUUGACCCAGGGACUGGAUCGUCUCCUCAUCAGCUUACUGGCCUGCGCCCACAAGGAAAGAUUUUGGAUCAAGUCUUUACCAGAACUACACUUUGUUGAAGAAAUUAAAGAUUGGGAACCGUUGGGAACACCAACACCGCGAGGAAAGGUGGUACCACUAAAGCAAACUGCUAAAACUCUAACAUUGCACCUCCAUAAUGGGCAAUUCGUAAAACGUGGUGGUACGUUUUUCUGGUUUUUCUAUGGGAAUUUCCACGGAUCGGAGUUCAAAAAUUGUGUAGUCCGCUCCGCAAUUCAAAAAGAAGUUCGUAAAGUGUUUCCUAAUGCAGACGCCGAAUUUGAUAUGAAUGUUCAAUUAUGGUUCGACAACCAACCAUCUUCAUCAGUAGUCAGAAACACCGAAGCUCAAAGAGCUUUUUAA